UCGGCCCCCGUAGCCGGGUCACGCGACCGGAAGCGGCCGCCGUGAGGCGAGGGAAAGUGAUGGAGGCGGCCAAGAUGGCGUCGCCCAAGAGCGCUCCCAAAGACGCGCAGGUGAUGGCGCAGAUCCUGAAGGACAUGGGCAUCACGGAGUACGAGCCGCGCGUCAUCAACCAGAUGCUGGAGUUCGCUUACAGGUAUGUGACUACUAUCCUGGAAGAUGCAAAAAUUUACUCAAGCCAUGCAAAGAAAUCCAGUGUUGAUGCGGAUGAUGUGAGGCUGGCGAUCCAGUGUCGAACAGACCAGUCAUUUACAUCUCCACCUCCGAGAGACUUCUUGUUAGAUAUCGCAAGGCAGAAAAAUCAGACACCGCUGCCGUUGAUAAAGCCUUAUUCUGGACCCCGGCUUCCACCUGACAGAUACUGCCUGACGGCUCCCAACUACAGGCUGAAGUCCUUGCAGAAGAAGGUCUCUUCCUCUGCAGGAAGAAUCACGGUCCCUCGGCUGAGCGUCGGUGCCGUGAGCAGCAGGCCCAGCACUCCUACUUUGGGUACGCCUUCGGCACAGACAGUAUCCGUCUCAACAAAGGUCGGCACCCCAGUGUCGCUGACGGGCCAGAGGUUCACCGUGCAGAUCCCGUCUUCGCAGGCAGCGGUCAAGUCAGCCACGCCAACCACUCCGACAGUGCAGAAUGUUCUAAUUAAUCCUUCGUUAAUUGGCCCGAAGAACAUUCUUAUUACUACAAAUAUGGUAUCGUCACAGAAUACGUCUAACGAGUCAAAUCCCUUGAAAAGGAAGCACGAGGAUGACGAUGACUACGAUAACUUGUGAAGAUCCCCUUCUUCAGUGAUUCAUAUUGAGGCCCGUAAGGUGUUUUGCCAAGAGUCCUUUGUAAAUGGCGUGAGAGCGUGUAAAUACUCUGUUUAUAGCCAGUUGGGUGCAGAGCGCAAGAGAGAUCAUUGCCUGUGGAGGAAGGAAAAAGCAACUAACCUUUUCCCGUGGCCCGUAACGCCUUUUGACCCUCAGCGGCAGCGGUGAGCGCCGGCUGCUGUGGCGGAGGGGAACAGCCUUCAUGUCUCUUCUGUCGCUGUGUUCCUAACAGCCGUGCCCGUGCCUCGGGAGCCUGGCGAGCAGGUGCUGGCAGUACCGCCCUGUGCCCAGUAAAAACGUUUUUUAGAAAGCGCUGGGUGGUGUGACAUAGAGAAUCAUUGCAGAUAACGCCAAAAGCAGAGUCCGGGGUGGGGUGGGAUGUACCUGGGGAAUAUCAGCCUUCGGGUUUUUUUUCCUCCCAAUACAUCUGCUGCUUCCAGGGCGUGUUAGUUGCAUACACUGUCCUCCACGUGCAGUUCCAGGGGGCGGGAAGGCCGCCUCUUACCAGUAGCAAUGCAGAUAAGGGGUAGAGGAGGAGGUUUCUGGAGAGCACUUCCUUAGGCUGGUCACUGGUUCCUAUUAAUCACAGAAUCAUGGAAUGCCCUGAGCUGGGAGGGACCCGCAAGGACCAUCGAGCCCAGCUCCUGUCCCUGCACAGGACACCCCAAAUUCACACCAUGUCUCUGAGGGCCUCAUCCAAGUGCUUCUUGAAUAUCGCCAGGCUUAAUCCGUGGUUUCUAUUGGCCUUAACACCUACACCAGUACCCACAACUCAAAAAUUAGAGAACAGGUAAAAGCGCAGCCAAGAUUUGUCCUUUAUUUAUUUCCAAAGAGUUUCACCUCUGUCGGUCGCCACUUCGUUAAGCUCGAGCUUAUACGUGUAUUGAAUAAAACGUUGCUGUCGUGGCGGGAGCUGGCGAAGGGCGAAUCGCCCGGGCUGGGCUGCGAGCCCGAUGUGCCGGGUGCCUGUAGGUGCGGCUGCGGCGUAGCGGGGCCCCAGCGCUGCUCUGCUGGAGGACUGAAUAAACUGCACGUGGUUUUAUAUAGUAAACAAUGAACAAAGCGGUG